AUGGAAACCCUCAACGAUACACAGUGGGAUGUUGUCAUCUCCGGCACUGGCCUGCCACCGUCGCUGCUUGCGCUCGCCUUGUCACGCUCAGGCAAGAAAAUCCUGCACGUCGACCGAAACGACUACUACGGUGGUGAUGAAGCUGCGCUGAGUCUUUCGGAGGCGGAAGAGUGGGCGAAGAAGCAUGCUGGCGAGCCAUCGGAUCCACCCACCACAUUCAGUCAUGCUUCGAUCACACAAGCUCCCACGGAUGACGAGCAAAGCAAAGGCAAACUUGGGGGUUCUCGAGCAUACUCUCUGGCACUCGCACCACAUAUUCUGCAUUCGAAGUCGGCACUGCUUCCUGCUUUGGUUUCUUCGAAAACGCAUAGUCAGCUCGAGUUCCAGGCUGUUGGAUCUUGGUUUCUGGUCAACCCUCCUCUUGAUGACUCUUCAACACAACCGAGGCUGACGAGGGUUCCUGGCGGGCGUGAAGAUAUCUUCCAAGAUGCGACGCUUGAUUUGAAAGCGAAGAGAUCGUUGAUGAAGUUUCUGCGCUUUGUGGUCGACUACGAAGAGCAGGGUGAUACUUGGGAAGAUUAUCGAGACAAGCCGUUCUCCACACUUCUGCAAGACAAGUUCGGUCUGGUUCCGGCCUCACACCCGCCGAUUCUUGCUCUUGCUUUGAGUGCGGAGUCACAGGAAGACACUCUUUCAAGAUUCGCCGUACCACGAGUCGCGAGAUACCUCACCAGCAUAGGUCUUUUCGGCCCAGGCUUUGGUGUUGUGUUACCCAAAUGGGGCGGUCUUGCAGAAAUUGGGCAAGUCGCUUGUCGAGCCUGUGCUGUGGGUGGUGGUGUCUAUGUCCUCGGGAAAGGCAUCACCAAUGUCGAGCAUUCCGGCGACUCUGAUCUGAAGGUACACCUGACAGAUGGAGAGGUAGUGACCACAAAGUCCCUCGCUGGUGUUGCACAGGACCUUCCUCGCAGUUCAAAGUCGAGCUCGAGCGAAGAGUCGCAUACCUGGAUAACGAAGAGCAUCUCGAUAGUAUCCUCGCCACUCGCCUCACUCUUCCCGCCCACCUCGGAAGGCGGCGUGACACCAGCAGGUGCGGUCGUCGUGGUCCAGCCGCCAGACCGCGCCAACCCUCCUGUGCAUGUAUUCGCACACUCGAGCGAAUCUGGCGAGUGCCCGAAAGAGCAAUGUGUCCUGUAUGCGUCCGUUUCGCGAGCUGAUACGCAAGGAUCGGAUCUUCUCAAGCAAGCUGUCUCGAAUUUACUCCAAAGUAUUGGCGAGCAAACAGUACCGCAAGUGCUUUGGAGUAUGCACUAUCGGCAGUACUAUGCGGAAACAGAAGAAGCACCGGCGUAUAGUAAUGUCAUUCCUCUGCAGCCUCUCUCCCCUGACCUUGCUUUUGAUGAUAGCAUGUUGGACAACGUGAAGUCUGCGUGGCAGCGAAUCACGGAAGCCGACCAAGAAUCCUUUUUGAAAUUCGAGUCAAGGGAAGGAACUAUGGAAGACGACGACUUCGCCUGA